CCCAAAUGCGAUAACAAUAAGCAACCAAAAAGAUUUUUGAAAAAGAUCCACCUUACACUACCGCCGAAUUCAUCUAUUUUACAUCUUCACGAUACCGAAUCCUUAUACUUCCUAUCCCACGACGACAAUACCGAACCUAAUUAAAGGUCCCUAAAACGUGUCGCAAUGGUUCAACUCACCGAGGUCGUUGACGAGCACUUCCAGGAAGGACAAGUUGGUCCCGAGGAUGACGAUGAUUUCACAGAUACUGACUCCGAAAUCUCCAACGACUCUGACUACGACCCCACCAACGAGAGUCUUGCCGAGCGACUCUAUGCGCUCCGAGAUAUAAUUCCCCCUCACACGCGCACUUCAAUCAACAACAAAGUCACAGCAACUACAAAUGCUAUCUCCAGUGUUCUAUCAUUCAGCGGCAAGACUCUAUGGGUACUGAGCACUUCAGCGCUGCUUCUAGGUGUCCCGUGGGCUCUCGCUUGGGCUGAGGAACAGCAGGUUAUGGAGAUGGAGAAGGAGAUGAAGAUGAGGGAGAUGGGUGGAGAGCUUCUUGCCGGUGGUGCUGGUGCUGAUCCCCUCGCGCUACCCGGUGGUCCCGCAUCGGAAGCCAAACCUGCCUUGUAGAAUAUAUCUAUAUCGAAAUCACCCGAGUCUUGCAUCAUAUCAAUUCCAUAAUGGCAUAUUGUAUGUCCAUCUAUGCCACACGCUACGCC